AUAAUUCUUUUUUCGUCAUUUUUUCAAUAAAAAAAAGACAUCAAAUUCAAUUAGAAAACACAUUCCCAUCUGUAAGCUGCUGCCCUUUAUAAGAGAGGCCAGCUUCUCAUUAUUUCUUUGUCAUUUUGGGGAUUGCAAGUCUCUGGUUUUCCAAAAAGUGAGUUUUAUAAUCAGAAGCUAAUCUAGAUCAAAGGUUGAAUCAUGUUGCUGAGGAGCUCUUCAACACCAGUUAUUGGAUCCCUUCUUGCAUCAUUCUCAGCUGAAAGUCCACUUGGCAAUCACUUUGAACCAAAACCAACCUCAAUCCACCACACUCCCACUAAGUUUUCAUUUCACCAAACUGGGCCUCUCAACAUCUCACACGGUUCCUCACCAAUCUCUCCCUCCAUUGAUCUUUCCUCCGGGUUUCUUCGGAGGGCUCAGUCUGAUGGAAACUUGCAAGGACUGGCGUAUGCUGCUUCUUGUGAUAAACAUGAAGAUGAUCCGUUCUUCUGUGAUUUAUACCAACCCAACAAGUCGAGAUCCAGGGGAAUACCGUUGCAAACUAUAGAUUCUUUUUCGACUUAUAACUCGGGUGCUUUGGGUGAAGAUGAAGAAGAUAGUGAUAGGGAAUUUGAUGAAGAGGUUGAGGAAAGUGAGAGAGUCAUGGCUAUUGAAGGUGAUAGUGUUGGUUUGGAAGAGAAGGUGAGGAAGGUGAGUUUAUCCGAGGACAUGAGAACUAUGCAGAAAAUGUGGGGUGGGGGUUAUGAAGAACAAAGAGAGCUAGAAAGUCGAGAAAUGCACCUUGCAAAGGGACUUGGGAUUGGUGGUGGAAGUGGCGGUGGCCGGGGUGGUCACGAGGCUAAUUGGGAAAGCACUGGUGGAGAUGGAGAUGACAACAACCAGAGGGUUGAGGAGCAUUACAAAAAGAUGGUGGACGAACAUCCUGGGAACCCAUUGUUUCUCGGAAAUUAUGCUAAUUUUUUGUAUCAGACCAAGAGAGACCUUCCUUUAGCAGAGAAAUACUACUCUCGUUCGAUCCUAGCAGACCCAAACGACGGUGAAAUUUUGGCACAAUAUGCCAAGGUAGUAUGGGAGUUGCACCAUGAUGAAGAUAGAGCCUUGAGCUACUAUGAACGAGCAGUCCAAGCUGCACCUCAAGAUAGCUAUGUCCAGGCAGCGUACGCUGGCUUCCUAUGGGAAACAGAGGAAGAUGAAGCAGAUCUGGGACAAGAUCUUGGCGCCAUGUCGCCAUAUAUUCAUGAAGGAAUCAUGACUUCUGCAAGCGCCUAAGUAGACUGCAGAAGUUUUGUAAUAGAGUUGACCGUGUUGUAAAUAUAGUUUCUGAGUGAUUAGUUUAAAUAGGGAAUUUUCAAGAUGAAACUUGUUUAGAUGAGAAUAAGAGCAAUCGCAACUAUAACUUCCAUGAAGAA